AUGGACUUCGUCCAGAGAUUCCAGGCAAUCCAACUGCACCGGGACACCAGCGACGAACUGAUCAAGGAUCUCUUGAUAUACUCGGAAAGAACCGAAACGAGCCUCAGACAGGAAAAUCAACGUCUUCACAACGAGCUAAGCGAUGCCAGGUUAGACAUUGCAGAUGCGACCAAGUCGAGGCGGGAGCUGCAGCAGCAGAUACAGCAGUUGGAAAAACGUAUCGGCGCUGUAUCUCAAGACAAUCAGCAUUUGAAGAGUCAUAAUCCAUAUGUUAUCGUCUUGAUCGACGGCGACGGUAUCCUAUUCAAAAGUCUCUUCGUCAGACAAGGCCUUGAAGGUGGGAAAAAAGCUGCGUAUGCCUUGAGGCAAGCCAUACUCGGAGAAUGCGGCGACCAUGCCGACGAAAUUGAAGUUGUCGCAAAAAUCAUCUUGGGCAUCUCCCACGAUGCCGGCUAUGCUCCCUUCCUGGACGAGAUUCUUCGGGACGAGUCGACGAGACGACGAAUCACCAUCAUCGAGGGCGUUCCCACGGUUCGAGAGCUUGUUGCCACUGGGGUUAACAUUCUGAAUCUCAACGAAACACUCUUCCGGCCGGAUAAGCUGCUAGACAAGACACCCCUUCUUAACUCGACGCUGCUGGCCCCGUUGCCGGCCCCGUUGUCGGCCCCGAUAAACAGUCCGAGUCCCCCUUCGACCUCCAGCCCCGCCACGUCGUAUGCGCGCGUCAUCAAAAAUGCCAGUCCUCCGCCACAAAUCACUCUUCCUUUACAGCCCAAGCCCGUCAAUGGCCCUGUUCGGCCCCAGUCUCAGGCCAACAAGCAGCCAGCCUGGAACCCCGGAGCACGCGGUUUAGACUCGCCUAUUCAAGUUUCUCAAGCAGCGUUGGACAGCAUCAAAAAGCGAAAAGACAGCAGCAAGCUAUGCAAUAACCAUUAUUUGAGAGGCCCCUGUGCCAAAGGCGACUCUUGCUGCUUCGAGCACAAGUACAAGCCCUCGGCCGACGAAAUCAACGCGAUUGCGUUCCUCGCCCGCCUCAACCCGUGUACUAACGGCCAGGACUGUGAUCUCGACGGUUGCAUAUAUGGACAUCACGUAUGCUUCCGCCGUCGCCAUCCCCAGAUAGAAGAGGUCUCAGACAGCGACGACGUCUCCGACCCCUCGGAGGACGACAUCGACGACUUCACCGAGGCGGACAUCGUACGACGCGUCACCCCCGCAUCCUCAAGCAAAGCCCCCCCAAAGCCCUCAUCAUCAUCAUCAUCCUCAUCAUCAGCAUCAGGACCAGCAGCCCAGCAGCAGUCCCGCGCCGCAGCGCAAAUCCCGACCUCCUCCCCGCACACGACGGCCGGCAACCCGGCCGCGUACGCCGGCUACCAGUGCCUGUACCCGGUCUACUUCGACGCGUCCCGCUCGCGGGCCGAGGGCCGGCGCGUGUCGGCCUCCCUCGCGGUCCGCAGCCCGCUCGCCGCCGAGAUCGCCAGCGCCUGCCAGCGCCUGCGCCUCGCGCCCGUGCUGGAGGCGACGAAGCUGCACCCCAAGGACUGGGCGAACCCGGGGCGGGUGCGGGUCCUGCUCAAGGAAGGUGGUGGUAGCGAUGGUGCGGGUGGCAGGGCCGGGCCGAGGGGUUCGGGGGCCGCGCAGGUCAAGAACAAGCACCACCUGUACGUGCUGGUGGCGCGGCACCUGAGGGAGAACCCGACGACGGAGAAGAGCCCCGCGCUGUGGAUGAGGUUGCCCGGGGCUCCGCUGCCGGACGCGGCGAAGCCGUACCCGAGGCCGGCCGUGCCGAAGGGGUGGAAGAUUGGCGAGCUGCUGCCGUACUACAGCCCCGCCAUGACGGGCGGGGGCGUGUCGGAGAACUUCUUCAAGGAUAUGAUGAAGGAGAUGCAGGGUGGUGGGGACAUGGCGAGCAUCAUGGCCGCGGCGGCCGGGGGCAGCGGUGGGGGUGGUGGAGGAGGAGGAGAGGAGAAGAAGAAGAAAGACAAGAAGGGGAAGGGGAAGGGCUAG